UUAAGUUUAGGCUUAGCAGGUUUUAAAUUGCAUUAUGAAGAUAAAGUUAUGGAUUUUCUUUCAAACAUGGAAUACUGUUAGAAAAUGCCUACCGUUUUCAAGUUCUGGCCUUCACAGUAUAUAAGGUAUUUCAUGUGAUGGAAAAUUUGUAAUGAGUAAAGAUGCCACGUGGUCGAGGAAAAAAAUCCCAGAGUCCAAAAGCCACGGUAGAGAGAAGUUCUUCAAAGACUCCUGAAGUUGCCACUGAAUUACAACAGGAAAAAUCUCCAAGAAGAUCUUCCAGAUCUUCAACUCGUUCUCAAGUAUCACCUGGUUCUGAACCCAUUGCUGAAGGUAGAAGGUCACGGCGUAGUUCUACAGCUGCACAAACAGCUGCUUCUGAAGCACAUGCACGUGUCACACGUAGCCGGAGUCAAACAAGUCAUAAAGGAAGUCCUAUAUCAACACCUAAGUCUGAAGUAGAGUCUCCUGCUUCUAGAGUAAGGUCAGGACGCCGAAAUAAAAACAGAGUUAACUACCAAGAAGAAAGCGAGGGAGAAGAAGAUACUUCAACAGUGAAAAAAGAAAAUGAUGAUAAAGAUUACAAUGAAUCUGACAUAGAAGAAAAAUUAACAAGAUCGGGAAAUAAACGAGCUAUUUCUAAAUCUCCGAGAAAACAAAAAAGAAAUAGUGGUGAUAAUCAAAGUGUACAACAUUCCAAAAGAAGAGCCCAAAAGAACUCUCAAGAACCAGAAGAAGAUUCAGUUUUGAAAGAUAACUCAGUCUCACAAAGUGAUGAAGAAAUGGGAAAGAAAGAAAAGGCAAAUAAAAAGUAUAAAACAGAUUGUGAAAUGGAUAGUGGUGAUAAAAAAGGGGAGAAUAAAGAAAAGGCAAAUAAAAAGUGUAAACCAGCCACUGAAAUAGAUGAGGAUGAUAAAGAAGAGGAAAAUAAAGAAAAAAAGGCAAAUAAAAAGUGUAAACCAGCCACUGAAAUGGAUGGUGGUGAUGAAGAAACUGCAAACAAAGAGUGUAAACCAGCUACUGAAAUGAAUGGUGAUGAUAAAGAAAGGGGAAACAAAGAAAAGGCAAAUAAAGAGUGUAAACCCAUCUCUGAAAUGGAUGGUGGUGAUAAAGAAGGGGCAAAUAAAGAGUGUAAACUAGACUGUGAAAUGGAUAGUGGUGAAGAUGUAAUUAAAGAGUGUAAACCAGUCUCUGAAAUGGAUGGUGGUGAUAAAGAAGGGGCAAAUAAAGAGUGUAAACCAGCCACUGAAAUAGAUGGUGAUGAAAAGGCAAUUAACGAGUGUAAACCAGACUCUGAAGUGGAUGGUGGUGAAAAGGCAAUUAACGAGUGUAAACCAGCCACUGAAAUGGAUGGUGAUGAAAAGGCAAUUAACGAGUGUAAACCAGCCACUGAAAUAGAUGGUGAUGAAAAGGCAAUUAACGAGUGUAAACCAGACUCUGAAGUGGAUGGUGGUGAAAAGGCAAUUAAUGAGUGUAAACCAGCCACUGAAGUGGAUGGUGAAAAGGCAAUUAAUGAGUGUAAACCAGCCACUGAAGUGGAUGGUGGUGAAAAGGCAAUUAACGAGGGUAAACCAGACUCUGAAGUGGAUGGUGGUGAAAAGGCAAUUAACGAGUGUAAACCAGACUCUGAAGUGGAUGGUGGUGAAAAGGCAAUUAACGAGUGUAAACCAGAUAGUAAAAUGGAUGAUGAUGAAAUGGAAGAGGAAAUAAAUAAAGAUUUAACUCCAGAAAGUAAAAUGGAUGAUGAAUAUGCAUCUCCAGUAAAAGAUAAUAGCACAAGAGCUACUAUGCAAGGGGUUUUUUCACCCACAAAAUCAACUGUGGAGACUGUCAGUGAAAGCAAGGAUAUCUCAUACGAACCAUCUACAAAGAAGAAUGAAGGGAAUGUUUUGGAUGUGAAUAAAGAUAAAUCUUCAGAUUUAAAACGUAAGCGUGAAGUUCAGAAUUUUGAAAAUGGAUUUACUGAACAUCCAGAGAAAAGAAGUAGGAAGGCUGAUGAGGCAGAAGAUGAAUCUGCAGUUGAAAGAAACAUCAUUACAGAAAAAGUUUCAGUUAGUGAAAUAUCACAGGAAUGUGAAGAGAAGGUAGAAAUCAUGGAAAACAAAGAAGUUGAAAUGAAUAUUAGUGAGAAGGAUAACUUGUGUGUUGAAAAAACUUCAGAAAAUUUAGAAACCUUCAACACUCCUGAGACUUUUUUAAAAGAAGAAGAAGAACCUAUGGAAGUUGAUGAAGAAAAAGGAGAUAUGCUCAGUGAAGUGCCUGUUGAGCCUAAACAGGAAAACAAAACAAAGGAAUUUUCCAUUGAAAGCCAGUCUUUGCUUCAAAAGACUGAGACAGUCACAGAACGCAGUAGUGUGUCAGAAACAAAGAAGUCUUCUGAAGUUGAAAAGUACCAUUUAGAAAAGCCACUUUUAAGCAAUUCUGAUGUGAACAAUUUAGAUACAGGUUGGAAUACCAAAGAAGUUCGGCAGAGCGAUAAAGUAUUGAAAGAAAACCAGGAAUCUUCAGCUGGGCUUUCAGAAAAACAGGAGUCUUUAAGUAAGAUUCCUACACCACUUCCAGAAGAUACUUCAGAAGUUUCUUUACGGAUAGAGAGAGGUGACAGUAGAGUGUCAGUCAUUCAACAAAGCAGUGAACAAUCAAGUAAGAACCUAGGUACUUCAUGUGUUGGUGAAUCCGUAAAUGUUCAAGAGGAAAAAAAUAAGGAACUUUAUUUACCUGCAAAUGUUUAUACGAGCAGUAUUUAUGCCGAGCAAGGAGAUUGCAUUGUUGAAAAAAAAAAAGUUUCUUCUAUUGUAGCUUUUUCUUCUACUUUGGAAGAGAAAGAUGAUAAAUGUGAAAUUCAGCAUUCAAACACGGUAUUUGAAAGUCUAUGCAAAAGUUCUAAGAACAUGAAUUCAUCAAAGAUACUGCUAGCUGAUAUUGAAACUGUAUCUCAGUUUGAGAAGGAUAAAAAUCCUUCAUGUGUGGUAAUUAGUAAUGAGUCAGAUCUGACAGAAAAUAUAGCCGUCCCUAAAUCACCUCAUCAUGAAGCUGAACAUCAGUUAACACCAACUUCUGACCCUUUAUCUUGUAAAUCUACUCAACCAGGUGAAGGUGUUAAAUGUUCAGAAAUUCCUGACCAGGCUAAAUUUCCCAUAGGUGAGAAAACUGGACCAGUUGAUAAUGCCCAAUCAGUUCAACCAUCAUCAUCAUUAGCCACUGUCACUUCAUCAGUUACUGAACAUGCAGAAGUUGUUACCACAUGUACCCUUGUGGAACCUUCAAAAGUAUAUACUGUUUCAAUCACCUCUACAGAUCAUUCUAAAGAUGAUUUUAUAAAAGACAAUAUGGUAGAAUCUUCAGAAAAAGAUGCUUUUUCAAAUGUUUCUGCAGAUCAUCCAACUGUAAAUAGUGAUUCAAACAUACCUGCAGAAACUACAAAAGUACAUGCUGUUUUGGAAACUUUUGCUAAUCAUUCAAAAAUAGAUGUUUUAAACUCUCUUGAAGAAGCACCAUGUAUAGAUACUCUUGAUGAUCAUUCAAAAGUAGAUCUUGUUUCAGACACAUUAGCAGAUCAUUCAAAAGUAAAUAAUGUUUUAAAUGCUCCUACUGAUGUUGUUUCGAACUCUCUUACUGAUGAUUCUGAAGUUAGUGUUAUUUCCAGUACUCCAUCAGAGCAGCCAAAAAUGGAUGUUAUUUCAAACACUCAAACUGAACAUUCAAAAGUAGAUAUUGUUACAAACAAUGCUACAAAUGGAGUUCACAAUGCUGGUUUAGUUGAGAUAGAGAAGCAACAUGCCUUGAGAUUUCCUGGACGACAGUAUCUGUUCAAUUCUGCAUUAACUUCUGAACUUAGAGCUGCUCUUAGUAAUAGAACAUUCAGUAUAGUAUCUUGUAGUUUGAAAACUGCUGAACCUCGCCAUGACCAACUGUUUACAGAAUUAGAAAUAAUUAACCCUGAUCUUGUCUGCUUUCAGCAUAUCAGUCUUCCUUACUUCACAGAUAUUUUGGAACCUAAAAUGAAAGACUCAGGAUAUGUUGGUGUUACAAAUUCACCAAAGAAUGAUUUAACUGGAUUAGCAACCUUUUGCAAAAGUGCUGCAUUCCAUAUUGAUGAACAUUCUGCUAUGUCCUUGAAAGAAAUUGUUGAAAAGGAAGUUAAUCUUUCACCUCUUGAGCCAUCUGACAAAGAAGCCUUCCUAAGCUUAUUGGAUACCAGUGGUUCAAUCCUUUUUACGCAUCUGUCAUCUGCUUGUGGUCAGAAACUCACUGUAACCAAUGUAUCCUUCCCAGAAACAGAUGUCAGUACGCACACUUUACAUGUUUCAUGUUUGGCAAGAGAAGCCUUUAGUGCAAUGAAAGGAAUCCAGCAACCACAUGUGUUGUGUGGGAGGUUUAACAUACCUGCAAAUGGUCCAGCUUACCAGCUUUUGAAAGAUGGUUACCUUAGCAAUGAAAUGAUUGAAGACUUGCAGGCCAGAAAAGACGUGCCACUUCCUGGAAAAGAGAAUGCUGCUCUGGUGAACUUGUUAUGGAAGGCAUUUCAACAUCCAUCAUCACAUCUUCGCAGCUGCUACUCAACUGUCAAGGGUAAUGAGUUAGUGACACCAGAAGCAGAACCUGGAAAAACAAAGACUUCACCAAACUUGGUGUGGUUCAGCUCUGAUUCCUUAAACACUGUGGGUGUACUGGACAUUGAAUCACCCCCCUCACUAUCAGCUUGUGGGUUUGAAAGCCUGAAGGCAGACAUCGCAUUUGUGAGCUCAAACACUUAAGUGUGUAAAGCAAGUUGUCCCGUUAUUGGUGUUUGUGUUUCUAAACAGAAUGAUAAACAUAAAGUUUUAAACCAUUGUCAUUGAGUGUAUUAGAAAUGCAGGAUUCUUUUUAACAUAGUACGAUGGUAUGUUAACAAUAAAUCUGAUCAUAUGUAUGUCGCUACAUUUUAUUAACGUACCCUGUUCAUUGUUUUAAAACCAUCUGCAAUAUAUGUUCCUUUUAGGUGCCCUUUUUAUUUGUUGACAUAUUUUGUUUCUUUGAAUUCUUUUGACCUCUGUGUCUAAGUUUAGCACACAUUUCAUUGUAUCACCACAUCAUAUAGUACAUUCAUGAUUCAAAUAAAUUGUAAAUGAAAGACAUUCUAAACUUAUAGAAAGAUUUCCAUGUGAUAACUACUUAACUCAGAAUUCACUUUAACUAACCUGAGGUUUGUUUGAUAGAUUAGCGAAAUUCUUUUGUUUUGUACACGUGUAUACUAAUAAUUCUUCACUCGUGUGGAGUUAGUUGCACUUCAAAUGACGCGUAGUCGAGUGGUAUGUCUACAUGGAAACCUUUCUUAGUCGAUCACUCUAUCAGUUUUAAUCUUUCAGUCGUCUAGUGUGUUUGUUCCAUUUCAUCAGAUUCAUUGUUUGUAUGCGUGUUUCUAUAUUUUAUGAAUUAGUGUUUUUCCACGAACAUUUCAGCUUGUUUUAACGACUCUCUUUAACUAUCUGCUGAAUUAUUAUAUCUUGCCGACAACAGUUUAUUGUCACGUGUAACCACUCAACCUCAUUUUGUAAGAUUGAUACUAGUUGCAUUUAAGUCUUUGGUUAUUAACCUGUCUCAGACAUGUAUUUUAUACAACCUUUGAUUUAGAACAUAAUAGAGUAUUUUUGUCCUGUACAGAAUUUUAAAUUUAUUUCUUGCUGUUUUAACAUAUAAAUACUUGUACCUGAAUUGUGUAUGUUUUCAGUUGUACUCUGACAAAAUUUUCUUCCGACUUUGGAUUAGUUAUAUAAAAUAUUUCUUUAUCCUUGCUAAUAAGUUGUAUACUUAAAUGUUAAAGCGAAGUUUGAUCAUUUUUCUUUGCCUUAUCUUCUGCAAACUCGGUUUUUUUUUCCUCCUAGUUUUAAAGUCUUGUGGUAGCAGAAAACUCAAUCCAUAUAAGUAAGAUAAGCUGAACCUGUUUUGUUUUAUUACAGAGAAAGUUUUUGAAACCAAACUGAAUGAACUAUUUUUUUUUUCUCUUAACUUUGUGAUCUUGUAACUAUGCUCAUUAAUAUUAACAGCAUCAUUGCUUUUGUCAGACAAAUAUGGAUCUUGUGCGUUAGCUUGUUGAGAGUGUGUUUAUGUUGUGAUUUGGUGUGCUGGUAUUCUGUGUAGUAACACAGUCUAAAGAAGCCUACUUUGUUUCUCUGUUCUUACAAAAAAACUUAUAAAGUGGUUAAUAUCAGUUUUGGUUUUGAAAUUGAAGUAUAAAAUAAUUAUAAACCAUUAUUUUAUUAGACUAUUUUUAAAAGAGAAAAAAAAAGUUUUUAUUGGCAUUACUAUCAUUUUAGGAUACGAGAUGGAUUUUCAUUUUGAUACAUAAAGAAUACUGAUUGUUUUAUGAUUUGGAAGUUAUUCCUUCCAUGCAUUGUCUUGCAUAAGAUUUCAUAAUAAGAUUUAUUUUUGUGAUUGCAUCGAACCUUAAGUUGUUAAAAUGACACUUUCUUACGUGAUUAUGGGAAAUGCAAUUUAAAGUACACAAAACUUGGUGUGAGAAACAAAAAAGUAGCUUUUUAUACAUUAAUUAAUUAAAGAAGCUAAUAAGCUGUCCAUGGUUUGAAAAGUGCAUUCGUAUUAAUAAAACUAUUUGAAAUUUUAUAGGACUUCCAGAGUCCAAAAAAAGAAAAGUAAGGGUCAUUGCAUAUAAUGUAUUCAUUCACAGUGUACGAAGAAAAAGGACUUUCAAAGCUUUGGGUGAUUGCACAUUUUUUUCUGAGUUUAUUAAACUUGUUUUCAUAAGUUAUAUUUUUAGGUACAAGUCAUUGAAUUAAGGCAUAUCAACCAACAGACCUUGUACACUGGGAGAGUACUUUAAUUAAUUUUUUUUUCUGGUUGUCGUGAGGUUUAAGGCAUAUAACUAUGUAGUUUUGUUUGUUCUUCAUGCUGUAGUACUUGUAAUUAUUCAGUGGUUCCAAUAAAUGUUUUGUUUUUGUUUUUCUUCAAA